AUGAACCAGGAAGAGAUCAAAUCUUUGCAAGGAGGGAAGCAGUCUGACACAGGCGAUAACGAUGAAGUGGAAUUAGCAAUGUUGCAUCUCCGGAAACUAUUUGAUGAAUUUAUCAGUCUGAAAUCUUCUAUGACGGAUCCUGAGCGGGAUAAGAAGCUCUAUCAGAUGCUACCACUAUACUGCAACGUUGUAAACAAUGCUAACCAGAUGAAAGACACAACACACAAUCUGUAUGGAUCUGGUAAUUUGUUGUCAUGGGAAGGUCAUGCUGCUUUUUGUCAUCACACCAGUCAGUUAUUGGCACGAGAAAUCAGGCGCAGAGCAUUAAACCGAAGCACAGAAACUGCUUCAAAAACUAUUGCAUCGUUUUUAGAGCUUCAUAAUGUAUACGGCAGAGAAGAACCGGGUAAUGGAGCAGUUCUAUUAACAGCUGUCAAUUUGAUGGUUACCGCAAUGAACGAUAAUUCCUUACAAGAGAUAAUGAUAAAUGCUUCGCUGCCAUCCACAUUAGUGCGAUGCAUAUACCUGUUUUUGGAUCUUCCGGAAGAAAAGGAGACGCGCUCUUUCAAUGAAAUAUCCUUGGAAGUAAAUAAGAAUAUACCAAUGAAUUCAUUAAGAGCAUUUUCACAGAUAUUGCUGAAACUUUCCUCACACCCAUUGGCAGCAGAAGAGCUUAUACGAGCCGAUGAUUUGAGUUUACUCUUCUCUACUGUGACUGCACAGAAUGGACCGUGUAAUCUUGCGUGGCGUUCGCUAGCUGCUGAUGUCCUUAGUAUUUUAGCAAGGCAUGGUUUAUCCGACGUUAUCAUUGAUUAUGUACAUGCGAAAGGUUGUAUGGCGCUCUGUGUUGACAAUAUGCAACGAAUUAUAGCUUCAAAACCAUUUGAUGCAAUAGAAAUGUUGAUAUCUAUUUGUGACUUUCUACAGCAGUCGUCGCAUUUCUCACAGAAGUUGAUGGACGAUUUUAGAGAAUGCCAAGGAUACCUGUUUUUUAUUGAUUGCCUUCUGAAAAUGACCCAAGAUAUCCCUCACUACGAAAGAAAUGAUGAGUUAACGAAUGAAAAUAUGUUUCGGAAGUUCAUUCAGAUGAUCGUUUCGUUGUGUUAUUGUGGUUAUGCUCAAGUGUCAUCGCCGAACUUAAUUGAAAUAACUAAAGCUCAAUGUCACAUGCAAGAAUUUCGUGUUCAACAAAGAACAUCCAAAGUUGCCUGUUUACGUAACGUCAAUGCUUUUUUAGUUCUCCAAACAGUAUUUUUACGUUCCGAAAACGUUCUUAUGUGUUGUAUGAUACUUGAUGCAAUUAACGAUAUAUAUAAAAGUGAUGAUGAGAAUUAUUUUAUACUUGAGUCUCAAAGCACGUUAUGUUUAUUUGCGGAAAAAAUACACAGUAAACCAAGAACGGUACAAAAACAGUUUUUCGAGUUAAUCGAAUUUAUAGUGCUUCACUUAAACUUUAUACCUCGUAAGGAGCUAAUAGCUCUAUCUGUGCUUUUAAAAACAAAUCCGGUUUUAGAAACUAGCAUUUCGUGCACUCGAACAUUUUUGCGCCUACUACGACACAAUAAUAAUUUCGCAGAAGUUUAUCGAGAAAUUGGAGUCUUGGAAGUUUUUGUCACAUGCAUAAGACGAUAUAAGGAUUUCUUAGAAAAAAAUAGUGAUACACAAAGGAUACCCUGUGACUCUCUUCAUGGAAUAAUUGAGCAUAAAAACUCAGCAAUGUUUACCUCUGUGAUGAACCGAUACAAGCAUGAGGAACCAGCCCUGAAACUGUUCCAUCUUCGGAACAGUCUGGUCGGAAAGGCAUCAGGUAUCAUUGACGAAGUAUUAGUGAACAACAAUGACUACGAAGCCGCAUGGAACCUCCUUGCGCAACGGUAUGAGGACAAACGUGUGGUAGUAGAAAAACACAUCGACAAUCUUCUUGGCUUAACUAAGUUUAGCCGAGAUAACGGUGCCAAUCUACGUAAGGUGAUCGAUACUUGCAACAAGAAUGUUGAUGCAUUGAAGCAUCAUAGCCUUUUGGUUGAUGGGCUUGGUGAACAAAUGUUAGUGAAGCUCAUAACGGGAAAGAUGGACAAGAAGUUACAGGUUGCCUGGGAAACGAAGCAAAAGAAGAACGUGUUCUCAUCGUACGCAGCAUUAGUAGAGUUUUUGGAAGAGCAGUGCAGAAUUUCCGAGAUGGUCGACAUAGGCGUGAAAUCCUCUACGGAAUCUGUUAAACCAAAGACAGUGACAAAAACGUCUCGUGCUGGUGACAUUGUAGCGGAAAUGGAAUUCUUAGUGACCCCACGAAUUACUGGUGAACUUCCGUCCAAGUCUUUUGAUAUAUCACAGUGGCCCAUCUCGAGCGAACAGGUGCUGGCCGACCCUACCUUCAACAGAAAAGGACCUGUCGAUAUGUUGAUUGGCGCUGAAUCGUUCUGGGAUCUAAUGCAAGAUGGCCGAUGCGAACUUGGUUCCAACCGACUCGUGCUGCAAAAAACGAAACUAGGUUGGAUUGCUGGUGGUGUGAUUAGGAGCGACACGGCACUCAUUGCACGUACACUUUGCAACACUACUGAUGAUGAGCCGCUUACUGAACUACUGAGGAACUUCUACAAGAUAGAAUCCUGCGACGAGCUCCGUCCUUCAACGAAGGCGGACGACGAGGUGUGUUUGGAACAUUUUCAACGCACACACGAGCGAACGGAAGAGGGUCGGUAUGUGGUCCGACAUCCUUUCAACGAACGGAAACGCGAGCUAGGCGACUCGCGUGAAAUGGCACUUCGACGUUUUCUAGCUUUGGAGCGCAAACUUGACAAGCAGCCCGACCUGAAGGAACAGUACUCUCAGUUCAUUCGAGAGUACGAGCAACUAGGACACAUGCGUGAGAUUGUAGAAGCACCAAACGAGGACCCAGGGUCGGUGUUCUAUCUGCCUCACCACUGCGUGCUGAGACCUUCGAGCACGACAACUAAACUAAGAGUCGUGUUUGAUGGAUCAGCAAAGACGUCGACGGGUGUAUCCAUUAACGACACUUUAAUGACUGGGCCAACAGUCCAGAACGAUCUCACUGCAAUUCUUCUUCGUUUUAGAGGGUUCCAGUACGUCUUCACAUUGGACAUUCCGAAGAUGUUUCGUCAGGUGAUCGUCCAUCCGGAAGACACGAAGUACCAGCGAAUUUUUUGGAGGUACAACCGGAACGAUCCACUGACAGUACAAGAGCUGCUCACUGUUACUUAUGCAACCUUAUGUUACCAAGCAACCAUGGCGCUCAAGCAGGCAGCUAACGAUCAUCAAGACGAGUUCCCGAAGGCUGCCGAAGUAGUUAACAAGGGAACAUACAUGGACGAUACGUUAACGGGAGCUGAUACCCUUGCUGAGACAUGCCAACUUCAACGAGAUCUGACCAGACUGCUAGCGAAUGCUGGUUUCAGUGCUCAUAAAUGGUGUGCUAAUCAUCCCGAUAUCGUUACAGGAGUAGCAGAAGAACUUAGAGGAACUUCUUUCGAAGUUACAGACAACACCUCCAAGACGACAGUGAAGACUUUGGGUGUUACAUGGAAUCCGCUUGAGGAUUGGUUUUUGGUGUCUGUUCCUGAUUUUGACAACCCACAAGAAAUGACUCGGCGAAGGCUCCUGAGUCAACUGGCCAAGAUUUUCGAUCCACUUGGAUUCUUUGGGCCAGUUAUCACCUACGCAAAGCUGAUUUUACGUGAAGUCAGCGAACUUCGGAUCGAUUGGGAUGACACGGUUCCAACCGAAGUCAAUGAGAAGUGGCAAAAUUUCCGAACUGAAAUGACAGCGCUGAGGGAAGUCCAAAUUCCGAGAUGGAUUUCCUGGAAUGAUGUGCUCAAGCUAGAACUGCAAGGGUUCGCCGAUGCAUCUGAUCAAGCUUAUGGUGCCUGUUUGUACGUGCAGGGCUCUUUCUCGAAAGAGGAGCCCAAGAUGCAAUUGAUCUGCAGCAAGUCUCGAAUUCUACCAAAAAAACGGAAUCCGAAGGAGAAGGCUAUCACGACCCCUCGAGCUGAACUGCUGGCGGCACUGUUACUUGCUAGAAUGGUCGUGAAGUUCCUGGACGUUACGGAGCUUCGAUUUGAAUCUGUUAAUCUCUGGAGCGAUUCAAAAAUCGUCUUGUGUUGGCUCAAGAAACCCCCGGAGCUGCUGCAAACGUACGUAUCAAAUCGAGUAAGUGAAAUUCAACAACUCAGCCUAUCUUUCCAUUGGCAUUAUAUUUCCACUUACGAUAAUCCGGCCGAUUUGAUUUCACGUGGAGUCACACCGAAGAAAUUGAUUAAGUCUACGAUGUGGUGGCAACCUCGGCCACUACAACCCAUCGCUAAGAAGGCGGAUUAUACGGAAAUUCCGGACAACGAGCUGCCAGAAAUGCGAGCUGGAGUGGCGUUGGCCACUACCGUUCCUGUUGAGCGUUUUCCAAUCUUUGAAAAGUUGGGAAGUUUCACGAAAAUGGUUAGGAGUAUGGCCUACUUGGUGCGCUUUGCUAGGUUUAUCAAGUCACGCAAAAAGGUGGUGGUAAAAGGUCAACUCACAGCGACAGAAUUACGUACAGCGACACACGUAAUUAUACGAAUGGUUCAGCGAGAGGCCUUUCAGCAAGAAAUCCUCGCUCUAAUGGACGAUGCGAAUACAAAUCGUCGACUCAAUGGACUAAAGGCGUUUUUGGAUCUAGAUGAUGGUAUCAUACGAGUCGGUGGAAGAAUCAAGCGAGCCAUCAUACCCUACGAUAGUCGGCAUCAGAUGCUGUUGCCGGCUAAGCAUCCCGUCACCGAAGCACUUGUUCGUGAGUUACACAUUAACAAUUUGCACAUAGGGCAAAGAGGCCUUCUUGCAGUUGUACGCCAACGGUACUGGCCGUUGAACGUGAAGAGCACCAUCCGUAAGGUGACAGGAAAAUGCAUCGUCUGCUUCAAGGCGAAUCCGUUUAAGAUGACGCAGAUGAUGGGUGAUUUACCAUCAUAUCGUGUCCAGCCAGCCCCUGUUUUUUCGAAUACCGGUGUAGACUAUGCCGGUCCUUUCUUCAUCAAGUCAUCGACCUCCCGCAAGCCGCAGAUCACGAAAGCCUACGUGUGCCUAUUCGUAUGCCUGCAGACUCGAGCCAUACACUUGGAAUUGGUCUCGGAUUUGACGACGGACGCGUUCCUUGCAAGCUUGCGGCGGUUUACCAGUCGACGAGGAUAUCCGAAAUCGAUACGAUCUGACAAUGCAACCAACUUUGUCGGAGCCAAAACGGAGCUGCAAGAGCUUUGGCGUAUGUUCAAGAAUGAGUGCAUGACGAAAAAAAUCAUCAACUACUGUGCUGACAACGGUAUUGACUGGUCGUUCAUACCACCGCGAAGUCCGCACUUUGGCGGUAUCUGGGAGGCUGGUGUGAAGCAGGUCAAGUACCACCUGAAACGCAUUGUUGGUGAUAGAAAACUUUCCUACGAGGAGCUCUACACGACACUUACACAAAUAGAAGCGAUACUAAAUUCUCGACCUUUAGUACCGAGCUCAGACGAUCCAUCCGACUACACCGCAAUCACCCCCGCACAUUUCCUGAUCGGCCGAGAGAUGCAAACUGUUCCAGAACCCGACUACUCCACCCUGAAGGAGAAUCGUCUCUCACGAUGGCAGUUGGUGCAGACUAUGCUGCAACACUUCUGGAGACGGUGGACUGCCGAGUACUUGCCGGAACUCCAAAAUCGGUCGAAAUGGCUGAAGCGGAAGGUGAUCAAGGUGGGAUCGCUUGUACUACUAGCAGACCAGAAUACACCUCCACUACACUGGCCGCUUGCAAGGAUAGUAGCUGCACACCCCGGAGACGACGAAACUGCAGAACUACCGAUUGUAACGGAUGAGCAAGAAAUAUUGGGAACGCUAGUAAUAGAAGUCCUAGUGCAGUUACUGAAUGGGAAUUCCAAUAAUACGUCUAUAUUCAAAAAUAGUGGAGGCAACAAGUGUAUAUACGACAUCUUGAAAUAUAAAUUUAACUGUCCAGCUGUUAUGAGAAUGGUUAAAGAGCUUGUGUUAACUGUUGGAGGUGAAGAUGAUAUGUUACAUCUUUUGAAAUCAAUCAACUCACUAACUGAACUACAUUCAUGUACUGUAUUGAUGCGGAUUCGUGUGUUACAGUUAUUGAUUGAAUGUCUGAAGGAAAGUCAUCGCACGAGAACAGUUUUUCGAAAGGUUAGCGGGUUCGUGUACGUAGUCAAUGUGUUGGAUUUGUUAAAGAACCGAUUUGGACAAAAACAAUCCUCUGAUGGUCCCAGCAAAAUUCAUGUUCGGUUGUUUCUUGUCGUAUGUCAAACACUCAGUGCUGCAAUGCGAUUUGAACCAGCAAAUGCCAAGUAUUUCCAAAAUGAGGUUGCCGACUCAUUAUUUUUGGAAGCUAUCAGAGACAUGGGAUGCUUUUCUAGAAAUGAUUCGGUUAAAAAAUGCCCACUUGAUUUAAGUUGCGAAACUGCAAAUGCCAGUUUUCAACGACCUUGGCAAGAUUUGUCGAUUGUAAACCAAUCGGCAGUGGAUGCUUACGCGGAUAUUUUCAAGACAGCAAUAAAUGACAUGAAUCACGAAUCGUUAAGCGAUGAACUCAACACAGGUGACGAAAUUGUACCUUCUUUGCGAUUUGUAUGUAUCAUAUAUCGUAUAUUAUACAACAUUGUCUUCGAUACGUUUGAUGAACCUCAGACAGUGGAGGUGCUGCAACACAAUAAAAUCAUUGCAGAUGUGCCAUCGGGAUCAAGCCAUGAUGGAAUACUGAAUUCUACCGUACAAUCAUCCAACGUAAAUGAUCACUUGAUAGUGCACCCAUCUGUAAUUUUGUGCAUGGUGAAAUUGCUUCCGGCAAUUGAAGAACAAUAUGCUUCACAUGACAAUAAUCAAACGAUAACCUGGAAAGCCUUUACCGAAAGAGCAAUAGCCUUGCAGUAUUUUAUAUCAGAUGUUAUAAAGUCUUGUGUACGUAGUGAGCGCAAUCAGCAAAUUAUGAGCGACAGUGGAUUAAACCAGUGCAUUGUUCGAUUUUGUAAAGAGGCUUUGAUCGAUGAACAGCACCCACUACACGUGUCAUUACAGUACAUUUUUGAACGGUUAGCCGUACAAGCGCUUAUGCCAAACGAACUGCGGACAUUCCUUCGUUUAGGUCUUAAGUUUUCGAACGAAAAUGAUAGUUGCAUUUCUGAUGAUUUCAUACCGCCUGUGCCGUUAACCCGGUUAAAGACAUUGGUUUCAAUCACGACGCCGCGUGAUUUUAGACAUCAAUGUUCAUUUACAAUGCCGCCAUUCAUUGAGAUGGAUAUGUCAACAGAAGGCUUCGCAUGUAUAUUUUUACCGAAUAUUGCACCAAGGCCUUUAAACGCAGAAUAUCCAUCUAUGACACAACACCUGCAUAGUUCGGUUACGGCGGGACUAACUGGUAACGGGAUUGGGAUUACUAGUAAUAUUGGAUCAUUUUCCGGUUUCCAAAACAGUACUUAUAGAAAUACAAACAACAAUGGCCCACAAAUGGAAUUUAGCGCUGGCGGCGGCAUUGGAUCGGGAAAUAGAACAUUCCCAUCGAACAACGGAUUAACAUUUAGUACAUGGUUUUGUGUUGAACGAUACCCGUGCGCACACUUAGCCGAUGGCAACCCACUCAGACUGUUUCAUAUUGUGCGAUCAGUUGAUGAGUCUAAUGAAGAGGCGACGAUCGUGUUUAGCAUUUUAAUUUUACCUAGUGAUAAAUCGCUGUCUGUUGCUACUCAGGAAUUUCCAUUUAAACGAGAAUAUAGCAACAUGUAUAAAGAUGAUUCCAUGUCUCGUGUGUGGUGCCCAACUUUCAUUCGGGAAAACGAGUGGCAUCAUGUAGCUGUAACAUUAGGCAGAAUGUCACCAAAAACAUCUCUCCUCUCGAUUUAUUUGGAUGGCCGGCAUGUACAUUCGCAAAAAAUUAAUCCUAUUUGUAGCUCAUUAUCCUGUAGUUCUGCAAGAAAUCAUACGAGUAGCUUUCACGCAUUUGUUGGAACACCCCCAAUGUGGCGAACGUAUUCUAAGCUUAUCUGGAAACAAGGAGUGUGUAAUUUCAUUGAUGAUACGUUCGAAUAUUCCGCUGUUGCCCGAGUAUACAUGCUUGGGCCACACUAUACAGGCUCGUUUCAGGAUGUUCGUUUGCAGGAAAAUGAAGAAAUAAACCCGUUAGUUGCAGAAUGUAGGAUAGCAUUUAGCAUCAACCCCAAAGCUUACUCAUGUAUGACGUUAAACAAAAUAAGGAAAGUUUACAAUCGCACGGAUGCCAAAUCAAUUGCAAAACAACUCGGAAUGAGUUCGCAUGAAAACGCUACACCAAUUUUAGUCCUGCAUAAUGCUGCCGGUCAUUUGAACGGUCCAGCACGUACAUUAGGUGGUGUACUCGUCGGCUAUUUGGGUAUUCGAAAGUUCAAUCCAUUUCCGGUUUCAAUGUCGAUUAACACAGUUGGAGGUUGUAGUGUAUUACUAGGACUGGUAGCUAUGUCACACGAUAUUGAAAGUUUAUAUGCAGCAGUUAAAGCAUUAACAUGCAUUUUGCGUACUAGUAAAUUGGCGCGUCAAGAAAUGAAUCAACGUCGUUUCUAUCAAACUCUCGCAAUGUUGUACAAAAGAAAAAAAAACUUGCUCAAUUCACACAUUCUACAUUUAUCGUUCAAUUUGGUUGGCACCGUUCAUAGUGGACAUGAAACUUCUACGAUCCCAAAUGUGACAGCGUUUCAGGAUUUGUUAUGCGACUUUCCAAUAUGGUUAGACCCAUCAAAUGACCUGAUACGUUCCUUGCUGGAGCAUCUUCUUGAACUUUGCACUGAAUCCAAUGAAAAAGCUGCUAAUAUUCGAAUCCUUCAGGAUUUACAGUGUAUGUCAAAGCUUCUUCAUAUCAUAGAGGAUAUCACUGACCAAGAGGCGGAACAUGCAUUUUUUGCUUUGAUGCAAAUUUUGCUCUCACAGCAAUCUAGAUCCAACGAUUUACUACUGUUUGGCCAAUAUUUGGUAAAAAGUAUUCCUACGAGAGAAACAAAAAAAACUAUUCCAGACACCGAAAAUCUUACGGAUCGACAUGUACAUCUACGAAAUCGUGGCUUGAAUAUCUUGCAUAAUUUAUACUAUGGCGCAAAUAAUAUAAUUAAUUGGAAAUUUUGCGAUGAAAUGUUUCGCGUGCUGGGACUGGAUUGGGUGUUAUUGUUUUUGCAACCACAUUUGCACUACACCUCGACCGUUUGGGGGUUUAGAAUGUUAGUGACAAUGCUUACACGAGAGACUAUACUUUCUCGUUUCAGAGAAGGAAAGUGCUUAAAUGGUGAUGAAGGAUACUUGAAAAACACAGAUAUAGUUAUGCAGUCUCGAAACGCCAUCUUAAUCACAUCAAAAUUUCCUUCCCAGGUUUUAGGUGGAUUGGUUAAUAAUACAAUUUCCGAAGAAAACACUACUUUAAACCAACCUUCUCCGCUAAUGAUGGGAUUUCCUUACCUGGAAUGGUUAAUAAUGCAUCGUACUAACAUACCUGAAGUGUUUUCAUUGCUCAUUGCAUUGAUGAUUGGUUAUCCGGUAAAAUCGUCAAUCAUUCCUUCCAAAGAUAAUAAUCUUGAGUCAAUUUGGUCUUUUCUUUGGACAACUAAUGCUAUUACCUUGGUACCAGAAAAAUUGACAUUCUGCACCGAGGCACUAUGCAUUCUGCUCAGCCUGACGAGAUCCAUUGUACAUUGCAGAAUAUCGGAAGAGAACUUAACAGUAGAGGAUAAGACAUCACCACAUUGGUUACAAACGCAUCCGUGUGAAAUCAUAUCCUUAUUUAUGUCAUUUUACAAGCAUCUUCCUGAUUUUGUAUCAGUCGCUAUGAGUGGAGAAGUUAUUUCUUCACUUAUAGCCAUAUUGUUUGAACCAUCUAAUGCCUAUGACACUGAGAACGAAAAUUCAACUGCGGAAUUUAACACAACAGCACUCGGCAGUGCUACAACCGCUGUAAAUAAUCCAAAACUAUCGUUUGCAUCUACUUCACCCACAGUUGACGAGAGAACAACAACAAUAAUGACACCUCCAGUAAUUGGUGAAUUGAAAACACACAUAGAAGAGGCUAUAACCAUUCACGUUAUGGAAGCUUUGCAGACUUUGAUUAUAGAUUCGCUCAUAUUGGUUCACUCUGCAAAAUCGCCUUCUGUUAUAGACAUGGUGCUGGACUGUUUUGUAGUAGGAAGUACUAUUUCCGAAUUUCAUCGUAAAAACUUUUUGACAAACAUUAUCUCAUUACUUAUUAAGAAUAACUCAAUGAUAAGUAUUAUUAGUGAAGGACAGAUUACCAUUCCACUUGUCAGCAAUCACAUAAAAAGUAGUGGAAAAGAGCAUGUGAUAGCUAACGUUUUCUACGUAACAGCUCGAUUUGUCGAUAAAUUGUGGCAACAGAUGCUGGUAAUUGAUGGUCGUGAAGUUUUUGAGUACUGCGUUUGUUUAUUAAAACAUGCCAAACGGCAUGCCGGAUCUUUCACGGCACAUAUUUCAGGUAAUAUAGGAUGCAGUGGCAAUAAUAUUGCAAGCGCAAGUUCUAUAGAUUCUUUAUAUCGUUCGCUCAAUCGAUGUAUACUUUAUCUUUUGGCAUAUCCCCCUGCUCCGAUAAAUGUGACUUUAGUAGACGUACUGCAAAAGAUUAUGAACAACCGUUUAAUGGUGUUUGGAGCCGGAAAUCAUGAUCCAGAGUUCAUUGGGUGUUUGACAUAUUGUAUUCUUCAGUUACAUAAGGGAGAAAAUAUAAUGUUAACUAGUACAGCACAGGUUGACCAAGAACGAACAAACACUUGGUAUGUAGAAUCUCUGCUCAAAUAUGAAAAUGUAGAAUACGUUUCCCGUAAACAGCAACAUGAUGAAGUUGCAAUCGGAUCUUUAUCGCAAUUGGAGAAUAUAUGUUUCAGAAUAUGGGAAGAACUUUAUGUAUGUAAAAAACCAGUAAUAGAAGAAAUAUUCAAAGUAACGCUCAUACAACCAUUUCAAAAUUCUCGUGCUCCAAAUAUGGAAUGCACUUAUGAACAGAUUUUUAAUGCCGCCUUCAAACAUUGGCUGGCAUACAUCGAAAGAGAAAGGCAUUCUAGCUCACGAAGUCCUUGGGAUGUGCAUAACACCAUACAAUCUAAAAUCCAAAAGGUAACCGGUGGCCUGACACGGCUGACAAGCCGAACGAAAUUAAAAAAAGAAGUUGGUAAACGACAAGGAUUUCAUAAUGAAGAGCUUAGUGCUGAAACCAAUCGACAGUUUCUUAAUGGUAAAAUUUCUCUUGUGAAGGAGUUAUGGAGUUAUUGUUUGACAGAGCAAGGGAAUAGCUAUAUUCACACUAAACGCUAUGUCCAUCAAGAUUGGUUGCAAGUGGAAGCAGAGUUAAUACGCGAACGCGGAAUAUGGGGUCCAGAAUGUUGCGCAGAUUUCACAAAAUGGACUCUUGAUAGCACGGAAGGGCCAUAUCGAAUGCGAAAAAAAAUGUUGAAAAAUUUGCUGUUUUUUGUGCAUUAUCCACCGCCCAUUGAUCUCGUAGAUGUGGUUGAUACCGAAGACUCUCUGCAUCAACGACAAACCAAAAGCCGUAUAGCCAUCAGUCAUGACAGUGGAAAGUAUAAUAAAUUUGUACGAUUGUACCAAAACAUGUUUCCUGAACAGUUUGAACAAGACAUUUCCGCAGCCUGUGGAUCACCCAGAAACAAUGCAGAAAAACAUGCAGAAUAUUCAAAAACGGAACGGAUCAAAAACGACGAAAAAGGGUUUUGUUUAGAAAAUGAGGAAGAUUUAGCGUUCUCGCUCCCAGAUAAUCAAAUAUUAUUGCAGCUUUUGGAGGACAAAGAAAAGGUGUCUCACAUUUUUCGGACGGCUCGUAUACAAGGUCUGGAUACCUUCGAAGGCUUGAUGCUGUUCGGGAAAGAUUGCUGCUAUAUUGUUGACGGAUUCACUUUGCUUUGUAAUCGAGAAAUACAUGAUAUCGAUUCUUUGUCUACGGAGAGCUUCGAUCCAAUUUUACCCAGCACUACUGCAGGAAAUCGUCAAGUGUCUCGGAAUAUCAGACAAUCUUCUAAAAUAUGUUAUGAAGAUAUCCGUGAAAUACACAAACGACGCUAUUUAUUACAGCCAAUUGCAUUGGAAAUUUUUUGUGGCAAUGGACAAAAUUAUUUGUUAAGUUUUCCUCAAAAAGUCCGUAACAAAGUUUUUCAAAAGGUAUCUUCCAUGGCAACGCAGAUUGCAGAUAAUGCGCAGCAAUCUGUUGCAGGACAGAAAAGAACAGCAAAUGUAGAACAAAACGCCGGCCUGUUGAGCAGUUUAAUUGGUGAAACUUCAGUGACUCAACGUUGGGUGCGUGGUGAAAUAUCCAAUUUUCAGUACCUCAUGCACCUGAACUCUCUGGCAGGACGCUCGUAUAAUGAUUUAAUGCAAUAUCCUGUAUUUCCUUGGAUAUUAACAAAUUACGACUCCACAGUCCUAGAUCUGCAUGAACCAGAUAAUUUUCGGGAUUUGUCCAAACCAAUGGGAGCUCAAACAAAGGAACGUUUGGAUCAGUUUCUAAAACGAUAUAAAGACUGGGACGAUCCCCAAGGUGAUACUCCACCAUAUCACUACGGAACACACUACAGCUCGGCUAUGAUUGUAUGCUCCUAUUUAAUUAGACUAGAGCCAUUCACGCAACACUUUCUACGUUUACAAGGAGGACACUUUGAUUUAGCGGAUCGCAUGUUUCACAGUAUCAAAGAAGCUUGGCAUUCAGCUUCCAGACAAAAUAUGGCUGACGUAAAAGAGCUAAUUCCUGAGUUUUUUUAUCUUCCUGAGUUUUUGGAAAACUCAAACAGUUUUGAUCUUGGCUCAAAGCAGAAUGGUGAAAUUUUGAAUCAUGUUAUACUUCCUCCUUGGGCAAAAAAUGACCCUCGCGAAUUUAUUCGCAUGCAUCGCGAAGCCCUUGAAUGUGAUUACGUUAGUCGUCACCUACAUUUGUGGAUCGACCUUAUCUUCGGGUACAAGCAACAAGGCCAAGCUGCAAUCAAUGCUGUGAACGUGUUUCAUCAUUUGUUUUAUGAAGGAAAUGUAGAUAUUUACAACAUUGAAGAUCCCCUUCAGAAAAAUGCCGCAAUAGGUUUUAUAAAUAACUUUGGCCAAAUUCCGAAGCAAAUAUUCCGAAAACAACAUCCAGCCAAGAGAAUGACUCCGACGAAACAAUUUUCUAUACUAGUUGAUGUUAGCCCACUGAUACCUCCACAGUCACCGAUCGGAGGAACCCCAGCAAUCAACUACGACAAAAUUUUCUUUUAUAAUCUUAAGCAUUUGAAAUCGAGCCAACUGCCCAUCAAAGAAUUGAAAGGUCCAGUUGGACAAAUAAUACAACACGAAAAAAAUAUACUAUCAGUUGAACAAAACAAAAUUCUGAUACCAAAAUCUUACAAUAGAUACGUAGCUUGGGGUUGUGCUGAUCAUUCCUUACGUGUUGGCUGUUAUGAUUCAGAUCGAACAUAUCAUGCAUGGGAAAAUAUCGAUAUCUGUGGUGAUAUAAUCUGCUGCACGUGUCCAAACGCAAAGUUACUCAUAAUAGCUGGUACCAGUUCGGUAUUAUAUGUAUGCAAUGUGGAUGCAAAGAUGAAAAUACUAACUUUGAAGCAAACUUUGUUUGGACAUUCAGAUGCCGUUACCGCUUUAACGUCGAGCUCUGCGUACAACAUUAUCAUAAGCGGUUCACGUGAUCACAGUGCUAUAAUAUGGGAUUUGGCACGAAUGACGUACGUCCGUCAAUUAGUUGGACACACGGGAGUAAUAGCAGCUGUGAGCAUCAACGAAUUGACGGGUGAUAUUGCGACGUGUUCCGGUACUUGGUUGCAUAUUUGGUCUAUUAAUGGCCAUCAGCUAGCUGUUGUUAAUACUAGCAUGGGCAGCUCUGAUCGAAUGCAACAAAUUCUAUGUGUUACUUUUUCAAGCAUUCGUGAAUGGGAUACGAAAAAUGUAAUCAUCACAGGCUCGACCGAUGGAGUAGUUAGGUUGUGGUCAAUAGAAUUUAUUCCGAAAGCACCACUAAAACCGGCGGAGGAGUUGUCAGUGAUGGCUUCGAAAGCGAAAUUGAAAGUGAAGGACAAUAACUCGCAAUCACCGGAAACUUUGCAUUGGGCGAGAACACUUGUCUUCCGAACGGAAUUGACCUUGCAUACUGCGUACGACCAUAGAAAUAAUACCGAACCAGCAAGUAUUACAGCUCUAGCCAUCUCGAAGGAUCAUUACACGCUAUAUGUUGGUGAUGCUCGAGGGCGAAUAUAUUCAUGGUACGUAGCAGAAUCUUCAUUUGCUAAUCAAGUGCGAGUAUCUAGUGGGUUAGUUCUUCAAAAAGGAAAUAAAUGUUCUAGCUUAGAACAUUCGUAA